UUUCGUUUUCUUUACCCUUACUUAAUCACUCUGAUCUCUAGCUAAACACGUAGAACUGACAGUAGUAGAGCAGAGCUAGCUUGCUUGGUUCAUGGCCACUUUCAUGAAUAUUUUGCAAAUAUUCCCAACAGAACGGCCCCUAUAAUUAUACAAACCUCUCGAUCCAUCCCUGAUCUCGAUCCUGCCUAACUGAUCGGGAUGGCUGACCGGAAAAAUGAAAAUAAUGCCAUUGCCGAACCCCAGAAGAGUAUUGUGGAUUUUGCUCCCCUGAAGAAACCAAAGAAGAACAGUUAUGCUAUUGCUUGUGCUGUUUUGGCCUCCAUGACUUCCGUCUUACUGGGCUAUGAUUUUGGAGUAAUAAGCGGAGCAAUAUUAUACAUAAAAGACGACCUGAAAAUCACCGACGUAGAGGUCGAAAUCCUCGUCGGAAUCCUUAACCUCUACUGCCUCAUUGGAUCAUUUGCCGCCGGCCGAACCUCUGACUGGAUAGGCCGCCGCUACACCAUCGUGGUAGCCCAAGCUAUCUUCUUCGCCGGAGCUAUCCUCAUGGGCUUUGCCACCAGCUAUGCCUUUCUCAUGGUCGGUCGCUUUGUUGCCGGUAUCGCAGUUGGCUACGGGCUCAUGAUUGCUCCGGUCUAUACUGCCGAAGUCUCUCCAACCUCGUCUCGUGGUUUCCUCACCUCGUUCACCGAGGUCUUCAUCAAUGGUGGGAUAUUGUUGGGGUACGUUUCGAACUAUGCUUUCUCUAAGCUCCCAACUCACUUGGGUUGGCGAAUGAUGCUCGGAGCAGGUGCUAUCCCCGCCAUUAUAAUCGGCCUCCUUGCUUUAGGCAUGCCUGAGUCACCAAGGUGGUUAGUCAUGCGGGGUCGACUUGGUGACGCAAAGCGAGUCCUUGAUAAAAUCUCAGACUCUAAAGAGGAGGCGGAGAUAAGACUAGCAGAUAUCAAAAGAGUCGCCGGUAUUUCUGAGGAUUGCACUGACAACGUCGUUCCGGUGCCGAAACAAAGUGACGGCAAGUACGUGUGGAAAGACCUAAUUCUCCACCCCACACCCUCUGUUCGCCACGCCUUAAUCGCAGCUGUCGGUAUCCAUUUCUUCCAACAAUUAUCAGGUAUUGAUUCUGUCGUUCUAUACAGCCCACGAAUAUUCGAGAAGGCCGGAAUCACGUCGACGAACGACAAGCUAUUAGCGACAGUGGCCGUGGGAUUUUCCAAGACCAUGUUCAUCUUGGUGGCCACGUUCCUAUUAGAUAAGAUCGGACGUCGUCCGUUGCUUCUAAGCAGCAUAACAGGCAUGAUUCUCUCACUAGCAACCCUCGGAAUCGGGCUGACGAUCAUCGAAAAGUCAGACCAAAAGCUGAUGUGGGCGGUGGCUUCGUGCAUUGCCAUGGUGCUAGCAUACGUGUCAUUUUUCUCAAUAGGAGUGGGGCCCGUCACAUGGGUAUACAGCUCGGAGAUCUUACCGUUGAGGCUAAGGGCCCAAGGAGUGAGCAUCGCAGUAGCUGUGAGUAGGUUAACGAGUGCUGUAAUCUCCAUGACCUUUCUCUCACUGGGCAAAUGGAUCACAACUGGCGGGGCCUUCUUCCUCUAUACGUCGUUCGCUAUAGUAUCCUGUUUCUUUUUUUAUUUCAUGUUACCAGAAACACAAGACAGGACCUUAGAAGACAUGGAGGGGUUGUUUGGUAAUUUCGGGUGGAAGUUAUCCAAAUUGAUGAAGAAGAAGCAAAAUGAGGAAGCAGCUAUGUAAGCAAAUUAAACUGGUUUAAUAACAAAAAAUAGUGUCCUUAUAAGAUAUUAUGAAAAAUUCUACUCAUCUUGAACUA